UUUGAUUAAUACACGAAUGUCAAUCUAAUACAGCAUAUCAUAUUGAAAUAUUUUAAUCCAACUGUGUUAUUUAUUACUGUAUCGUGAAACAUACCAUCCAAUAUAAGUAUUACUAAUGAUAGUUUCAUAUCGUAACCUCUUAAUUGGAUAUAAUUAGUGAACUUCAGCCCAAUUUUGAGGAAUAAUAUUCAUUUGAGUAUAGCCGAGUGACUUUUUGUUAGUGCUUUUUUGGAACCCCACCCCCAUCUCAAUGGAAAAAGUCAACGGGUCCCUAUUUUUGGAUUUGGCUCUUUAUGACCCUCCUCCCCAUUCUCUGUACUCUUGCAGAACAUUCGUUCUCAUGCUCUUGCACUGCUUUCAGAGACAACUAGAGUUUCAAACUAGGGUUAGGAUUCCAAAGUAGGGUUUCAAACUAGGGUUAGGGUUUUAAAGUGGCCACAGUAGUUGUCAUCAUCCAAGAAGGUCAAACGCCUGUAAGAGUUUAGAUCAAAUUUAAGGAUUAAAUCAAAAAAAUGAACUAACCCAAAUCCACCACUCCACAAUUAUUUCAGCAGCUUCGUACGGAGCUGCAUCUAAGUUCUAAAUGUCCCGUCGCAUCAAUAUAACUCGUCUAAUGGAGCCUUUUGCUCAACACUAAAUUAUACGUAUAAAUAGCACUAAUGCCUUCUCUGCCAGCUUUGUCUCUCUCCUGCCCCACCCUCUCUAUCUCUCCUUUCAUUGAGUCAUUCCCGCUCCACCUGUCCUGGGCCACCAGCCUCCAUUUGUCCGGUGAGGUCAGCCAGCUCGCCAGCCAGCCAGCCAGCCCACUGUUCGUUCCCCUUAAUCCCACGGGGUGCUCAUCUUGCGGCCGUCUAAUCCGCCCGUGGCUGUCAACCCUGCACACCUGCAAUAGUCACAGUCCGGCUUGUGUGUGUCAACUGAUCCCGCGUCUUCAUACAGCCAUGUCCGACAUAGAAGAGGAGUACGAGGAUCAGGCAGAGGAGGAGGUGGAGGAGGAACUGCCACAGGAGGAAGAGCAGGAGGAAGAAUAUGAGCAGUACCAUGAGCAUGAAGAGGAGGAGGAGGAGGAGGAGGAGGAGCACGUGUAUGAGGAUGAAACAGAGAAAGAACGUCCCAAACCAAAACCACCGGUAGCUCAAAUUGCCCCUCCAAAGAUUCCAGAAGGAGAUAGAGUUGAUUUUGAUGACAUCCACAGGAAGCGAAUGGAAAAAGACAUGUUGGAGCUGCACACGCUGAUCGACGUCCACUUUGACCAAAGGAAGAAGGAUGAGGAGGAGCUUAUUGGGCUCAAGGAGAGAAUUGAACGUCGUCGCUCAGAGCGUGCGGAAAUCCAAAGAGUGCGAGCCGAGAAGGAGAAGGACAGACAGAAUAGGAUUGCGGAGGAGCGUCAGAGGAAAGAGGAGGAGGAAGCCAAGAAAAAAGCUGAUGAUGACGCCAAGAAGAAGAAAGUACUCUCUGGCAUAGGGGGCAACUUUGGAGGCUUCCUCGCCAAGGCUGAGUCGAGGAGGGGCAAGCGUAUGACUGGCAGAGAGGUCAAGAAGAGGACCCUGGCCGACCGGCGUCAGCCCCUCGACAUCGACAGCAUGAGAGAGGACUCCCUCAGACAACGAGCCCAGGAGUUGUGGAACUGGAUCUACCAGCUGGAGUCUGAGAAAUUUGACUACAUGGAGCAUAUAAAGCACCAGAAAUAUGAGAUUAUUGUGCUGCUCAACAGAAUCCAACAUGCGCAGAAAUUUAAAAAGGUGCACGGCAAAGGGAAGGUGGGUGGCCGUUGGAAGUAAAAGGGUGAAAGGAAGAACUCUAAAUCCAAACCGAGGUAAUAAUAAAAAGGCGAGAAGAAGUACAAGAGCGGGAAUCUUAAAUCUGUAGUCCCUACAAGUAUACGGCUUCUCUGAUUGUUUGUCGAUAAUGUAUUUUAAUAAAACAACAUGCUCUCUGUCA